CGGAGCAACUCCGCUCUCCUCUCCUCUCCUCUCUCCCCUCCGCGGACCAGGAGCUGGUGCGGAUGUGAACAUGUCUUCGGCUGACACGUACAGCGAAGGGGGGAAAAAGGAAAACUCCGCUUUUUUCUUUUUUUUUUCCUCUCUCUCUCUUGGGUUUAACGCAAACCAGAUGGAGUGAUCCGGCUCAGGGCUACUAGACUUCUGGCUGCUCCGCCGCGGGGCUACUUGUUGAUGGCAGACCUCCUCCUCCUCCUCUCUGAAGACGGGCUGCAAAAAGUUUCCCCACGCCGAGGUGGCGCGCUUCCUGUGCGCCCCAGUUGUCAGUUUUUGGGGGUAGUUUUUUGUGUUGUUUGACGGGGUCCGCUGUGCCGGGGUCGCGGUCGUGAGAGUCCCGUUGUCCCGCUUGGGUUGCGAGCGUGUCCCCCGCGACUGAUGAGCCGCCAGACCCGCGGCCGCCGCAGCGCGGGACAAAUGAGUGGCGCACUUUGAAUUUCCACGCGUCGACUCUCACGAGCGGCGGGUUUAUGUAGAUUUGCUCGCGGCGAUGCCGCGCGACUUUUUCCGCGGACUUCAGCGGACCGGCUGAGCGAACCCUGCGUGGUCUCCGCCAGGGAUUGGAGGGAUGUGAGCAAAGCCCGGAUUCUCUGGAGUGGUUUCUGGCACUUCAUGGUUACAACGUCCGGAUUGGACCCGGGAGAGGAGUACGACCUAGUUUGGUUGGAGAGGGGGGGGGACAUGUGAGAGACGGGGCAUCUCCUCGUGGUAUGGUUCUGGUUUUCUGCCGACUAACUUGGGACCGCAGCGGGGAUGCUGUGCGGCCGCCUGUGGACGCUGCGCCGCAGAUGCUGCCCCGGCUCCCUGGUGCUGUUCGGGGUGGCGGCGUGUCUCCUGUACCACACCGUGACGCUCGCCCGGAAUCGGUUCAGAUCGGGACGGCCCGCCGCCGCCGACCCCUGCGACACAUCCGCGGCGGAGCAGCGCUCCGAUGAGCCGCCUGCGGCGGAUGUCGGCCGGAUGGUUGCCAGCCUGCAGACUUCUCCCGGAGCGAGAGACGUUCAGGAGUCCGGUCCAAAGCGGCACCAAGCGGUGGUUUUGACAGGUCAACACAAAGUCACAGAUACGGAGAUCCAGUUGUACCAGCGGGUUCUGGAACAGAUGGGCUACGAGGUCAGCCUGUCCCGGUACGCCGAGACCAGCGGCGCGCUCCGGUCGCACAACGGUGUCAGUGCGUGGAGUAUCCUGGUGUGCCUUAGUAGCUCAGAGAAGAGUUGUCAGAGGAGAGUUUCCUUUUCUCGUCUGCAACCGCAUCAGAUGAUCAAUAUUGUCCCGGGGCUGGUGGCGGCCUUCUCUGAUGCUGGCGGCGGUCGGUGCCAGUUCACCACAGACACACGCCUCGCAGGACUUAAGUUACCCAUGAUGCCAUUUGCCUGUGGACCAGCCAAUAGGAAGCUUGGACUUCCUGAGGACUUGAUGGAGGAUGACAGACCUGCAGUGGAUGCAGCUGCACACCCUGGUCUGGUAGCUAUAAUGGAUGUGUAUGUAGUGGUCACCUCAGCGGCCCCGUUGACGGCCUUCCUGCAUGGGAGCAGCAUGGUGAGGACCAGGCAGGAGGAGCAUGGACGGACCACUCAGCUGAAGGCGUUCCUGCUGCAGCAGCUGGGUUCAGCAGCAUCCCAUGAGGCCUUGGGGCAUGUGAGGGAGGUCGUUGCUCAGGUGCUGAGGGCUGCGGUGCUCACCAGCGAGGAGGCCAAGUCUUCAGCCAGGUGCUUGCUGUGCUACCAGCUGAUGACGUUCACGCUCCACUUCACCGGCUCUCUCCGACCCGUCAUAUUCAAGGUCGACACCGACUUGAGGUUCACCGGGUUGAAGGACGCCGCCAUCGACGGACAGAUAGCCAGAGAGUUCAUCCUGGAGGACACGCUGCACUUCCUGCUUCCGCCACACGGCUCCCGCGCAGAGGCCACAAGCGCACAGACAGAGACGGAGAAGUAUGGUGACUGCAGAUGGACGCGCGCCCUCUGUCUGUCGGAGGACCAGCUGCUCCUGCUGUGGCAGUUUGAAAAGCAACUGAAGAGCCCUGGACCUUUUGAACUGCUGUAUCCCAGCGCCUCCUCGGAGGACGGGCCCCUCCAGCAGCUCCUCUCCCAAGGCUUCCCCACGAAGGAGGCUUCAGCAGGGGACUCCCGUCUCCAAAACCUGCUGCUAAGACUCAGCCUGUACCACCGACUGAAGCGGAACCACACAAACAGAGAUGAUCAGACAUCAGGUCUUCCUUCUCAGAGUCUUGCUGGAGACAGAGUGCACUGUGUGGACCCCCACCUCAGACAGCUGUACACAGACCCCCCGCUGACCCUGAUGCCCCCCUUCAGUCCCUGGGUGAAGGAGUACCGCGCUGAGGUGCCCUUCGACAUGGUGACGGUCCGAAUCCAGCCCGUGCCCAUCAGCUCGGCCUGCCACAUCCACCUGGAUGACCACGCAGGACCCAGGACAGCAAACUAUCCACUUGGCCUGGGCAACAGUCGAAUCAACAUCCUGGUGGCGGAUGAGGCGGUGCCAGAGGCAGAUCCUGUUGUCAUGACGAUAUACACCCUGCACAUAUACCGCGAGACCCGGCCCAGCCUGCCCAUGUUCGGGGAACACGUGAUGUGCGGAUUUCUACAGGACUGUGGGCUGAUCAUGCAGCCGGGUCAGCCCUGUGGCCUGGAGCCUCUCCUCAGGCUCAAGAGCAGGCAGCAGGCGUCGUCUCAGCCCUGCACCUCAGGAGAUAGUCCAGGCCGCUGGGUGGUUCCCUGUCUCAACUGUGCUGAUAACCGAACCUGUGACUGGAGGGAGGUAGCCUGGCGACCAGACGGUUGUUAUCACCCCUUGCUGGACCGCCCACAGUUACAGGAGUGCUUGAUGGACAGAAAGAUGCUGUUCAUAGGUGAUUCCACGAACCGUGGUAUGAUGUACUUUCUGAUGGAGAGGGUGAACUCCAGCCUGGAGGACUGGGGAAAGGCCCACGACACGCUGCUCUACAGCAACCUGAACCACGGCCGUACGCAAAUAAGCUACUCUUAUUACCCACGAUUCUGGCUGGAAAGAAGCCUCAGACCCACCUUCCAACAGGCCCUGGAGCAGCUCCUAUUCAGGUCACGACCCCUGGUGAACUCCCAGCAGACGGUGCUGGUGGCUGGAGGUGUUCAGUGGCUCAAAACCAAUCACCUUAAAGUCAUCAGAGAGGUGCUGGAGAGAGAAGGUCUGAAUAAGAUAAUGGUGGUGGUGAAGUCUCUGGGAAUGGGUUUCCAUCUGCCUGUGGACGGGAUCCGCUCACUCAGCCUGGAAGGAGUACGGGAGCUCUACCGAGAGAACAGCAGAAUCAUCGCAACAGUGAAGCACUACGGAUAUGAGGUGAUCGACACUUUUUCCAUCACCAUGGGCCGAUACAAGGAGUUCCUGCAGGGACGCUGUGCCUGCCAUUUUCAUGAGGUUGAGAAGCUGUGGUUUCCCAAGGUUCCGCUCCACAUGAGGAUAAACACCCUCCAGCCCGGCGCUGGAACCGGACUUGGCGGUCGUUCUUCCUCUCUGGCCGCGGGCCAGUGGGUGGGCUCUAACGGCUCAUCCUAUCAUGUGAGAGGACCAGUCAACCAGGUGUACUCUGAGAUCCUGCUGAGUCGCCUGUGUCCUGCACACACAGACCGGCGAGACUAG